UUAGAAAAACAAAAAACACGCAAAAUACGAAACCACAACCAAUCUUUCAGAAAUUUUUGAAUGGCAUCACGACCUAAAUCAGCAUCUGGUUCAUCAUCACGUUCAUUUCUUGAUGAUUUACUUGGUUCAAAUGAUAAUAAUGAUGAUCUAUUGCCAUUAUCAUCCAGAACAACAUCACCACGACAACGUAAAUCUGUACGAUUUUUUGAUGAAGGAUUCGAUGAUGAUUUAUCCACAACACAAACACAAGAAUCAAGAUCAAUUCGACCACAUAGUACAGCAUUGGAUUCAUUGUUGAAUAAUACAAAACAAGCACAAAAACAACAAUCAAAUGUUCGUUCCAAAUCUGAUUGGCUUGGUCUUGGUGGUGGUGGUGGUGGUGUUGGUGGAUCAAGUGAUGAUGAUAAUAACACCCAUAAAAAAUCAAAUGAAAAAUCAACAACAAAAACAUCUAGUCAAGAUGAACCAGAGUGGAUCACAUCAGGAUUAAAAGCUCGUCAAUCAAGGCAAAGUAAUCAGGAUUCUAUUUCGACAUCAACAACAUUAACAUCUAAGAAUCGGCCAUCAUUCCUAAUAGAUACAGAUCCAUUAAAAACAUCAACAUUAACACCAUCUCCAUCUCUAUCUCCAUCGACAACAACAACAACAGCAAUCACUAUUGAUACAAAUGAGCCAGUAAAUAAAUCGACAUCGGUUAUCAAUAGAAAUUGGCAGCCUAAAUUAUUAUCGGAUGUUGAAAAAUCAUCAUCAUCAUCAUCAUCAUCACCAUUAAGCGGUAUCAAGAAAUUUGUUCAAGUUGGUCAAUCUGAACUACAAAAACAACAACAGCAACAACAACAACAACAACAAAAUGGACAAACAUUUUCAAAUCGUAAAUCUGAUACCGAACAGCAGCAGAAGUCAAAUGAAAAUCAAUCUGAUAUAAUUCACAACAAAUUAGACAUUCAACACCAUCAUCAGCAACAAAAUCAACUUGGAUUUCCAAGAAUCGAUGAAAAUUUGAACGCAAUAAAUUUUCAACAACAGCAACAACAACAACAACAACAACAAAAUUCCAUGAUCAUUCCAAAUGAGGAAAUUAUGUCGUCGAUCAUAAUAAAUCAAGAUGGACAACAACAACAACAACAACAACAACAACAAUCUUCAUUGAUUGUUUUACAAACAAAAUUACGUAUAUUAACAUUGGAAAAAUCAUUCCUAGAACAAAGUUUAGAUCAAAUGAAACGUAAUCAUCAAGAUGAAUUACAGGCUAUGAUUUCAUUAUAUGAACAACAGAUGCAUUUAACAUCAGAAAUGUAUAAAAGACAUGAAAAUAUGAUACAAGAAGAACGUGAUCGUAGAAUUAUUGAAUUAAAAAAUCAAUUGAAACAAUCGGAAAAGGAAAUGAACAUGAUUCGUGAUAAAUACAAUGAACGUUUAGUGAAAAUUGAAGAAGAAUAUCGAAAAGAUAAUGAACAUAUACAAGAACAAUAUGAUACUACUACCAGACGAAUGAUUGAAGAACAUGAAAUGGAAUUAAAACGAUUAGAACAACGAUUAUCCACAGAAACAGAAUCAUCAUUACAAACAUCAUCGGAUUUGGUUCAUAAUCAAACGAAAAGUGUUACAGAAUUGAUGGCAAAAUGGGAAGAAAGUGCAUAUAAAAUUGAAAAAUUACAACGUUCAGUAAUAGCUAAACAAGAAGAAAUAUCACGAUUACAAACAAUGAACAAUAGUGAUGAUGUAUUGGCCAAUAAAGUGACAGAAAUUGACGAAAGAUGGAAAAUAUUUUUAAAUGAUAUGCAACAACAACGUAAUGAUUUGGAAACAAUGAUUCGUGUUGAACAUGAAAAAUAUUUUAACGAUGAACAAUCACGUAUGAAAGUGUGUGAAGAAAAAAUGAAUCAAGAACGUAAAGAAUUGGAAUCGAUGAAAGAAAAAUUCGCCGAAGAAGUUAGGGAAUGGCGCCAACGUGAAAGUGUUGAUGCACAACAAUUAAUGGAUGAACGAAAAAAAUUAAAAGAAGAAAUCACAUUAUUUGAAGAACGACGAUUACUGCUAGAACAGCUUUAUGAUGAACGUAAAAAAAUGCUUGACAAUGAACAGGAAAGAAUAUCGAAACAAAGUGAAGAAAUUCUACAAAAACAAACAGAAUUGGAUCAAAAAGAAUCACAAUCGUUGAAAUCAUCAUUGAAUCUUGAACAACAACAACAACAAUUACAAAUGAAAAAACGACAAUUUGAUCAUGAAAAACAACAAAUGACCAUGUUGGGAAAAACACUGGAACAACGUGCUGAAGAAUUGGAAAAAUUAAGCCAAAUGGCUUUGAAAGAAAAAAUGGAUGUUGUCACUGCAAUGGAUGAAAUUGAAAGAUUACGAUCUGAAUUGAAAAAAGAAACCGUUGAUUUGGAAAAAUCCAAAAAUGAAUCACAAAUUUAUCAUGAACGAUUGGCCAUGGAUCGUAAUCAAUUGGAACAACAAUAUAAAUUGUUACGUGAAUUACGUGAUUCUAUUGUUUGUAAUCUUUGUGGCCAAAUAAUGAAUCUUGGUGGCAAUGCUCAAUCAUCAUGGACAACAAUGAUGACCACUAAAUCAACAGGACAACAGGAUAUUGGAUCAGGAUUCAUAUACAGUUUAAUCAAUGGUGGCUAUAUGAUGCGUCAACAAUAUCAACCGAUGAAUGCAGAAAAUGUUGAUAAAAAUAACAAUAAAAUUCAACGUUUAAAUCCUCCAUGGAAUAGUUUUCGUGCAUCGAAAACAGCUGAUAAUCCAUCCACAAAUCUGGAUGAUGAUAAAACAUUACUUCUAUGGCAAUUGGCAUCACAACAAGAUUCAGCUGCAUUAGCUGAAGAGACACGUUUUCUUAAAAUUCUAAUGAAUAGCCACCAAAGUAAAUCCAAACCAUUAUAGUGUGUGUGUUUGUGUGUAUAAAUCAAUUUUAUUAGAUGUCAAUCAAUUAAUAAUAAUAAAAAAUUUUCA